GCGUUCCUUUUUUGUGCACAUGUGAAACCGUUCUAAGUCAGCUCAGAUGUGGUUCGUUGGACUCGCUAGGAAUUGCUGGAUGGAUUGGCCAGUAACAAAGAAAGAAGUCUAUGUUCUCAUGUCAAUGGUCAUUGAGUUGCAAGUAAAAUGAUGGCAGCUAGCCAAAAUAACUCAACUCCACCAUCUGUAGGAAGCUCUGAUGGCACUGAACCAGGCUCAUCUUCAAAGGUUGAGUUUCCACUUCAUGAGUGUGUGUACAAAGGAAAAAUAAAGAAAAUUCCUCACCUGCUCAGGCAUCAUGACAUUGAUGAAAAGGAUAUGCAUGGGAAUACGCCACUUCAUUUAGCAGUUAUGCUGGGCCAGAAAGAGAUCGCCAUGCUGCUGCUGGCCCGCAACGCCACCGUCAAGAUCCGCAACACGCAUGGCUGGAGCCCGCUGGCCGAGGCCAUCAGCUACGGCGACCGGCAGACAGUGUCGUCGCUGCUGCGGAAGCUGAAGAGCCAGUCACGGGAGCAGAUGGACCGGCGGCGGCCGGCGCUGGUGGCCGCCCUCCACCAGAUCCCCGACUUCUACAUGGAGAUCAAGUGGGACUUCCAGACCUGGGUGCCGCUGCUGCACCGGAUCCUGCCCUCGGACACGUGCAAGAUCUACAAGCGCGGCGCCUCCAUCCGGCUGGACACCACGCUGGUGGACUUCGCCGACUUCAAGUGGGAGCGCGGCGACAUCAGCUUCCUCUUCAACGGCGACGCGCCGCCCUCCCAGUCGCUGUGCGUGCUGGACAACAAGCUGCGCGUGUACCAGACAGUGCGGUAUGAGGAGACGGAGCUGGAGAUUGAAGAGGAGAUUGACAUUCUGAUGAGCAGCGAUAUUGUAUCAGCCCAGAUGUCCACUAAGUCCAUCACUUUCACGCGAUCUCAGCAGGGAUGGUUCUUCCGGUCGGACAGAAAGGAGAUGGUCGGCAAGUACGACGCCGACUUCUAUGACGUGCAUGGCGUGGUGUUGGAGACGCGCAAGCGGCGCGAGCACCUGUCCGCCGAGGACCUGCAGAAGAACAAGGCGCUGAUGGACACCAUCACGCGCGGCAGUGCCCACCAGCUAGACACCGAGGAGAUCCGAGAGCCGCCGCACCGAACCUCGCUGGAGCCGCCGGCGGCGCCGGCUAUCUCCUGGGAGGAGUACCUGACGGCUGACCCGGCCAACGCGCCGCACGUCGGCCGCGCCAUCAUCUCCAAAGUCAGCUGCAAGCGCUUCAAGAACGCCACGCUGGCCAUGAGUCAGCAGUUCCCACUGACAGUCAGCAUGCUACUGGACGUUUUGGACGUCGUGGCGCCCUUCAAGCACUUCAGCAAGCUCAAGCAGUUCGUCCAAUGUAAACUCCCACCCGGAUUUCCUGUCAAGCUAGAUAUCCCACUGAUCCCGGCCAUCACCGCCCAGAUCACCUUCCAAGACUUCUACUUCGAGGAUAGCCACCCGAGCCACCUGUUCACGGUGCCGGCCGAGUACACGGAGGACCCGGCCAGGUUCCCCGACUUAUGACACCCAGAAGACGUUUACCUUUGCGGCACGACAUCGACCGCGACCC